AUGGACAAUGAGAUCAAUGUACGAGCGACUCGAGCCCGAGCUCGCAAGCGCGAAAAGAUAUCCAAUGCUUACCUCGACCAAUUACACGCCCGUAUCGAGUCACUUGAGGCUCAAUCACGCUCCGUCCAAGGUCUAGACUCGAAUACCGAAGCUCUCUCAUCUGAAUCAGUGCAGCUUAAUGCACUAAAUUCAUCGAGAAAUCCUCCACAAAGCCCCUUAGGCGAAAAUAGGACGUCGUUGAGAUCGGAGUCCAGUUCCCUAACAAAUACUCUUGUCACUUUCGAGCCACAGAUCAAGGUCCAUCGCUAUGGGCACGCUGCCUACCUUGGGCACAGCUCAACUCUCAGCUUCAGUCGCAAUGUCCGCAACCUUCUUCAACAGUCGUCCCCAAUCGCAGAUCCUGGGAGCGUAUCUAUGGAACGACAGGACAUAUCUUAUACCCGAACACUGCCGCCCAUAGCUCUCGAUCUGUCAAGCAUCGCCUUCCCGAAGCUCUCUUAUGCUGAAUACUUGACCAACACGGUGAUUGUGCACAUCGGUUCUCUCUACUCCGUAUUUGAUGCAGAUGUCUUUCUUCAAAGACUGAGGAGGUUUUAUGAUGACCGUGACAAAGAUUCGGAGAGUGGUGCAAGCCUAUGGCACAUUCAGAUGCUACUUAUACUGGCCUUCGGCAAGUCGAUACAGUCCAGAGAACACUCCGAGAUGGGCCCCUCCGGAAUGAACUACUUCACACUUGCCAUUGAAGCUAUUCCGGAUAUCAGAAGGCUGUACGAGGAUCCUUUGUUGUCAAUUGAGGUUCUAUGUUUGGCUGCUUUGUUCAUGCAUGCGACCGAUCUCCUACAGGAGGCCUAUGUCACGAUUGGCCAAGCCCUGCGAAUUUCUGUCACCAAAGUGCUGAACAAAAGGUUUCCAGAAGCUUUGAGAUCCUCAAACUUCGAGUACCAAAGACGUCUCUGGUGGACAGUCUACUGCAUCGACAGGAAGUGCGCGGCCAUGCUAGGCAGUCCAUCUGUCAUGAGAGACGACGACAUCUCAAUUCCUUUCCCAGAAAUAAAGCCGGGACAUGAGUCGCAAAAUGCAUUCGCUAUCCAUGCGAUCCUUUCUUCUCACCUCGGCAAGAUCCUUGAUGCCAUAUAUGGAGUACACGAUCAACAGCGGAAUUUCCUUCUUGAAGUGAGGUCAAUUCUUUCUCGUAUUGCAGAAACCUACGUUAUCCAACGUCAACAUCUGCCGCUAGAUGUGCAUCAACCAAGCCAACCAAUUUCUCGCGAGUCUGCCACACUCCAUCUUCUGCUCCACCAGUGUGUGAUUUUGACUGUUAGGCCUGUUCUUUUCUCACUUCUCAAGCCUCUUCUGACAUCAAAUGCUGCGAUGCCCGAUGCUCGCCACUCUUCGUCGCUAUUUGAGUCGAUGCUGAAGAUGUGCAUCGAGUCUGCUGUCCAAAUCCUCAAGAUCAUGUCAAUUCUGAAGCAACAGAUGAUGUGUGAUAUCUUCUUGCCAUAUGAUAUCGAUGCACUCUUUUCAGCGGCCUUCGCCUUGAUUCUAAUAGAUAUCAUCCGGCCAGCAAAUGAGCUGCUUUGGGACUUGCCCCAGGUUAUGAACCUCCUUGGCGAGUUUGUAUCACGGCGUGUAGCUCCAGCGCAAGCCUAUAGAUCCGAUCUCGUGCAAAUUCUAGAGCUACAUACUAAAUUACGAGGGAGCAAUAGUCGCCAGCAUCAGGACACUGGGAACAUGUUCAAUAUGAACCUUGUUCCUGGCCUGGACGAAUAUGCUAUAACCCACCCAGGGCAGUUAGGUAUAUCGCCUGACCCAUUGUGGUCAAAUAUACGAGAUGGAAAUGGAGUUGGAGAUCCCGCACACCCCAACACAAUCCUUUCAGUGAUUGACGAUUUAAAUGUAGAAGGUUUCGAGAUAUCAGACACUGAUAUGCUUGAUAAUGCGUGGAUGUGGGAUAUGGACGACAUGUCGACAAACAUCUGA